AACAGGGAACGAGAAAUGGAAGAAGCUGAAGAGAAGCAUCAAACUGAAAUCAGGGUGUACAAGCACACGUUUAAACAACUGAUGCAUGAGCAGCAAAACACCAUUGCAGAGAUUAAGGCAGAGGGUGUGGUUGCCACCAAGAUCCUGGAGAAAGAGCAGACAGACCUGGAGAGCGAGCUGCGGAGAGGCAUGCGCAGCCUGAAAGUGGAUCUGAAAGAACAGGAGCUCUCCAACGAGAACGUCAUCAGGAACCUAAAACUGAACCACGAUAAGGAAAUCACCAAGCUGAGAAACAGAUUUGAGGAAAAAGUACAAGAAAUCAAGUAUAACUAUGACACAAAGAUGGAUAAGGAGCGACAGGCGCAAGACCAGAUGCGCCAGAUUGAAAUUGAGGAGAUUGAGGAACGGAACAAGAACCAUGUUAGCACGCUGAUUAAGAACCACGAGCAAGCGUUCGACGAGCUCAAGAACCAUUAUAGUGAUGUCAUUCUCAAGAGCUAUAAUGAAAUCUACGUUCUUAAGGAUGAAGUGACUGAUCUGAAGAAGGAUAAGGAGACUUUGGAGAGGGAGAAGGCCAAGGUGCUGCACCACAACAAGAAGAUUACAGAGUCGCUGCAGAAAACCACACAGGAAGUGUCAGAGAUGCAGAAACAACUCACCAACUAUGAGAAGGAUAAAGCCUCACUGGCGGGAACAAGAGCACGGCUCAGUGUGUCCGAUAAAGAGCUGAAGGACCUGAAAUGGGAGCUUAAAGUGCUGGAGGAGAGAUUUAUUACGGUGCAGCAGGAGCGAGAUGAGCUGUACCAGAAGUUCAAUACCGCCAUCCUGGAGGUGCAGCAGAAGAGCGGCUUUAAGAACCUGCUUCUGGAGAAGAAACUCGAGACUCUUACAAACAGCCUGGAGAAGACCGAGGCACAGCUUAAUGAGGUCCUCGCUGCCUCCAAUUUAGAGCCCAGUGCCCUGAACGUGGUCACUCGCAAACUGGAGGAAGUGCUGGACUCGAAAAACACUGCUAUUAAAGACCUGCAGUAUGAAGUGGCUCGUGUGUCUCGGACGUAUAACAACCUGCUGAGGACAUAUGAAGCAAAACUGAAGGCUUUAGGCCUCCCUGCUGACGAGGUGGGCUUUAAACCACUGGAGAUCAGCAUUCAUUACUUGACUACCAUCAAGCGCUGA